AUGGCUCCUCAAAAGAUGAAUAGGACUAGAUUCAGUCCAAAAGCAACAUCAGAAUCUGACUGGAUUGCAAGCCUGUCAAACCUGAGGCCGGUCAUAUACCACAUCCCAGAGAAAGAGACACCCCUGGAAAGGAAUUUGAGGCGUCUGAGACAGGAGACUGAAGACUGGAGCCACAAGCUCUGGACUAACCAGAACUUCACAAUUAGCAAGGAAAAGGAGGAAUAUGUGAGAUCCCAACUGUCGGCAAAAGGGUUGUCAGAGAGAGAUGACGAUGGAAGGAAAAGGACUUUAUGUAGUGAGGAAAUGGCAGUAUUCUACAAACACUUUUUGGACAAAAACAUUACAAGGCAUGCCAGUUAUAACAGGGAAUGGUAUAGAAGGAAUUUCACCAUUACACUUCUGAUGGCGAGAGUAGCUCUACAUAACACAUGGAGGACACUGACUGGAAAGACCAGGGCAACUGGACGAGAGAAAGGCAAAACUACAUGAAAUGCAAAUAAAGACUGAAAAUCAA